AUGGGCGGCUGCAAACAGCGUCUGCUCCCCAUGUUAGGGGCGGCUGAUAAAAAAAAUCCAGGAAAGCAACGGGAAACUACCUGGAUCAUAUAUAUUCCCCAAGACAUCACAAUGGAUAUACAAAAACAAGCAACGGCCCUCAGUCCCGGGCACCCCUUAAGUGGGGAGAGGGUGCGAAGAAUCUCCCGGUUUUCCAAUGAUGUCCUAAGAAUAAACAAAGAGAAGAGAAUUGGCACAUGGAAUGUGCAGAGCAUGUACCAGGCUGGGAAGGCGGCAAAUAUAGUGAAAGAGGUGAAACGGCUACAAAUCGACAUACUGGGGUGCAGUGAGACACGAUGGCCGGACUCGGGACACUGCACUAUAGACGAACACCAUAUAUAUUUCUCCGGAGACCAUACUACCAGAAAUAGAAACGGAGUAGCAAUAAUCCUGAACAAGCAAACCAACGAAGCUGUAAAAGGAUUUAUCCCCAUCUCGAGCAGAGUUGCACUGAUAAAAAUCAAAUCAAAACCAUUCGAUUUGAAUAUCAUACAGUCAUACGCACCUACGACCGAGAGCAGUGAACAAGAGAUGGAAGAAUUCUACGAACAGCUUAGAACUGCCCUCAAACAUACGAGGAGAGAAGAAGUUAAUAUGAUGUUGGGAGACAUGAACGCCAAAGUUGGGCAAGGAAGGGUUGAGGAUCUGGUAGGCGAAUUCGGGCUGGGGGUGAGAAAUGAGAGGGUAGAACGCUUAAUAGAAUUCUGCGAGGAAAUGAACUUUACUAUUAUGAACACCUUUUUCAAACUGCCCUCGAGAAGACUGUACACCUGGAAAUCCCCAGCGGAUAGCAGCCACAGAAUCAUAAGAAACCAAAUUGACUUUAUAAUGAUAAACCGAAGAUAUCGCAACGCAGUUGUAUCCUGUAAAACCUACCCAGGCGCAGACAUACCGUCAGAUCACAAUCUGUUGUUGGCACGCACUAAACUCCGAUUAAAGAAAAUCGUCAAAAAAAGGCACUCAGGACGCAUUAACGUACGGAAACUCCAACAAGAAAACAUACUACAGCGAACCAGAGAUAAAAUUAACAACGAACUAGGCAAUAUCUCACAAACAAGCAAUCACGGAACAGAAAUAGAAGACCUUUGGAAUAGAAUAAAAACAUCCAAGGUCUCCGUCACGGAAGAAGAGCUGAGGCAGGAUAAACAGGCGAAGAGACAGGAAUGGAUGACGGAUGCUAUACUGGAACUUAUGGAAGAAAGGAGACAAUAUAGAAACAGGGAUACGGAAAAAUAA